AUGGAUUUUGCGCUCAAAUGCAAUUCUCUUAAAUGCAGAACAGAAUUGAAAGAGAAAGCUGUGGUGACAACUUGCUCUCAUAUCUUCUGUCAUAACUGCGCAGAUGCCUUGGGACUUUCACAUCCAACCACAAGCAGUCGGCGCUGUCCCGCAUGUCAAACGGUUCUCUUCAAUCCAGAUGAUGCCGUCUCCACCGUCUUGAAUCCGACGGAAGAUUACAAAACGAGUGUGUUGAGUGGGUUGGAUCCAAACACCAUCAUGGAAUGUGCUGGCCGUGCUUUGGGGUUCUGGGCGUAUCAGAGCACGCAGGAGAUAUUCUAUCAAGAGUACCGAGCAAAGUCGCUUACGGAAAAGUACUCCAAUCUCAACACGCAAAUGGACAAGGUCAUCCACAAUGCGAACUCGGAAAUGACGGCCAUGCAGAACAAGAUCUCUGGUAUGGGGCUUCCUUUUGUUUCUUGCUUCGGAUUCUCACACGUUCCAAAACUAGAUAUGCAAACUGCCCAAGAGGAGCUUCAAAAGAAAAACCAGGAGUUGAAUGACAUGUGUCGCGACAAAUCUAACAAACUGUCCCAAAUGACCAACCUCUACAAUCUGCUCAAGUCACGAGCAAUGCGGUCCCGAAUGCAAACCGCAGCAUCAGAUACUGUAUCCCAGACUCUAUCCACCCUGAAUGCCCCAACCUCGAUCCCAUUAGCUUCACAUUCACCCCAAGGUCCAGCUUCGACCUCCAAAUUUCCACGUACUCCACCCUUUCCUGUCAACAAAGAUGGAGUCGAGCAGCUCCAUCGGCACCAACGAAGUGGCACUGGUAGUUCCAAAGGGGCAAGGUCAAAACCAUACUGUGAAAACAAUAUGCCCCCACCUUCCAAAAGGCCUAGUUGGGAUGUUCAAAGCAGUAUGUGCCAAUCCCAUACCUUCCAUAUACAACUAACCAGUGUAUCUAUAGCUAAUGCGCUCAAUCCCCCUCAACAUCGUACUCGCCUCCCCCAGGCCCCCCAAGGACCAACAGCCCCAACCGAGUUUCCUCCCGGAGAUGCCCUUCUGCAGCGGUUUGGGUGUUGA